AUGCCGACCACCAACGGCUGGCUGGGGGCUCGUUACGACUGCGUCUUGGAGGGCGGCGACCUGGUCUCCAUCACCUCGCCUUACGAGGAAAUCUUUAAAUGCAACGAGGCCUGGUGUCAGCUUUCGGAAGCGGGAGAAAAGAGGCUGACUGAGUCCGACGACACCGCUGUGACUCCGACCUAUGCCAACUGGGACUCGCGUCAAGACAGAAGCGCCGACGUUGGUUCCUGCGCGUACGUCAACCAAGGUGCGCACGGAGGCAGGCAGCCUGGCAAGUGGAGACAUGGCUCGUGCGGAUCCUCCUUGGCGUACAUGUGCGAGCGGCCGCUCGACGCCUGCCCGGAGGGACGGCUGUGUUCCUACAAAGACUACGGAUUGGGCUACCAUCGAGUGGAGACUUCCUACUGCGACAAUGGCGACUUCCUGUACAAGGACUCUUGCUAUCACUUUGAGGGAAUGGCGCACCCUUGGGCGGGAGCCGAGAGGUUCUGCCAAGAAUGGAACGGUCACCUGACCAGCGUCCUCUCAUGGGAAGAGCGCCAAUUCUUGGCUGCUCACGCGUCAUAUGUAGAAGGUCUGCAAUCCUGGGUGGGACUCCAGAAGAACAAGGGCAACUUUGAGUGGAGCGACUCAACACCUGCAGGCAACACCGAGUGGGUUCCAAACGGGCCGAUAGGACGUGGUAACUGUGCUGCCUUGUCGCAGACUGGGAAACUUGAGGACUGGCCAUGCACCAAAAACCAGCCAUUCAUCUGUAAAAAAGCCAAGGCCGGAGCGCAAAGUGCGGCUGGUGGCGGGAGCGGACCUCCUCCGACUUCUGCUACCUGA